AUGACACGCGCUGUGAGCGAAUCCAGCAGCGUUACCACCGCAGUGGAGACAACGACCACUGAGUCUGCUUCCGACACCGUCACCCUGAUCACAACUGCCACCACCACAGCUGAAACGAACCCUACAGAGGUAUCUAUAACCGAGUCAACAGGUGCCGAUCAGACAUCUUCUGCCGCAACAACUACUAUUGCGACAAUAACCUCUGAAACAACGAUUGCCGAUACGACUACUGGUGAGCAAACGACCGUUCAGACAACCACUGCUGAAACAGCGGCUACUGGCGAAACGACUACAACUUCCGAGACAACAACUGCUGCCGAGUCGACCACCACGACUGAGAUACCAACAACCACCACGGCAGCUCCUGAACCAACUAAAGCUCUCCAAAAUGGCGGCUUUGAAGAUGCGAUGGAUAGCGCCUGGAUAUUCCAGAGCGGAGAAAUUAUCGCUGAUCCUAACCUUGCUCACUCCGGCUCCAACUUUGCAAAAAUCGACAUCCGGAACGAGCAAGCUGGAGGCCAACAACACAUCGAACAGAUUACCAGCACAAGCAAUACGAAGCAGUACACCCUCAGCUACUACGCCACCUUCCUCUCUACUCCGAAUAUGAAGCUCGGUAACGGGUGCUACAUUUACGCUCUCCAGGACAGUUCGCUCAUUAACGCACCGACUUUCUAUUUGAACGCCGACACGCUCAAUUCAUACCAGCAUUUCACACAUACCUUUACCCCAUACAAUAACAACUUUCUGCUCUCGCUGAGAGUCAGAUGUAGCAGGGGCAUGGCUACUACCUUUUCUGUCGCCAUUGAUGACGUUUCUAUCGUCGAGGCCGUUUAG